ACUUCCGGAUUGACGUUUCAACAUGGAAGACGUCAACAGUAGCAUAAUGCAGGAAUCAGAUGAUGUGACAUUGAAUUUUGGAGAAGAGGAAGAGUUUGACUCCCAAAAAAAACUUAAACACCCUGUUGCAGUAUUUUUCCACAUCUUUUUCCGGGUUCUGGCAUUGCUGGCAUACAUACUGUGCGAGUAUUUUAGCUCCAGUUUCAUCACAAAUUUUGUUGUCAUCAUACUAUUUCUGUGCAUGGACUUUUGGACAGUCAAGAACAUAACUGGGAGAUUACUUGUUAGUCUACGGUGGUGGAAUUAUGUUGAUGAUAAAGGCGACAGCCAUUGGGUUUUUGAAUCACGAAAGACAACAGCAGGCCGUCAAAAGGUACUUUCUAUAGAGUCCCGGAUAUUUUGGCUAUCCAUGGUGAUAUCUCAGAUGUUUUGGGUUGUGUUUAUCUUCUCCUGCAUUUUUCGCUUGAACUUCAAGUGGUUUAUGGUGGUGGCUGUUGGAUUCUUGAUGAAUGGUGCAAAUCUUUAUGGCUACAUCCGAUGCAAAAUUGGGGCGAAGAAAAAGUUUACAACAGUUGCCAGAAAUUUCUUCACAACUCAGUUUGUGAGAUCGAUGUUCUCUGCAGCCUCUACAACAGUCCCUUCAUCAAGUGCCAAAACAGAUAGUACUAAAGAAAGCAAGCUGACUACACUUCCUUGAAAAGUGUGUGAUUUGUCAACUUGAACUCUCUUUCAACUCAACCGUCUUUGUAUAUAGAUAAUUAAUAGUCUAUUCAGCCAAGGGUUUUAAGCAAUAGUAGUAGUACUAGUUACUGUUAUAAGUGAAAACUACUUUCAUGGGGUUUGUGAAAGAUACUGGAAUCAAGGAAGAUGAUCAGAACUUUUUUCUGUGCAUAGGUGAUAUUCUUUUCAGCAUGUGAAAACAAUCCUUUCAAAAAUUAUUUUUGCCUUUUUAGUAGUUUAUUGGGUGGUUAUCUAAAUGAGUGCAUGGUGGGCUUUUUUUAUCAUUGCCUUCUUACUUGUAGGAUCUAGUAAGCUGUAGUUUAUGUAUUUUAAAGUUAUAAAUUAACAUUCCUUUUUCAGUAUAGGAGGUCUAAGAAAACCAGUUCAUUAGGUUUUUCUCCUGUUUAAGCCAGCGUAGAGUUUAGUUCUUUGCUAAUACAACUGAUGGAACUUUUUUCCUUGUGGUAAUUAAGACUUUCUUGCAUAAAUGAUGCAGCAUUGUAGUCCCAUUAGCCACCCUGACCACUGAAUUAUCCGUCCUGCAUUGAAGGAAAGUUUUUUUUUUCAAUACGAAGUUUAUUAAUUGUAUGUAUUUCUGCUGUAUUGUGGGAAAAUUGCGCAAUUUAAAUGUCUGUGCACAUUCAUCUUGCUUAUUCUAGUCUUUGAUGAAUGCUGCAAAAUCUUUUGCUCUCUCUAUGAUCCUUCAGCAUGGAUUUAUUUGACAAUGUUGAUUUUGGCAUCUAUCAUUUUUAAUUAUGUUCUAACUAGAGGCAGAAGCAGAUAGUGGUGGGGUUAGAGCAGUAGAAGACAUGCUGACAUUGGUCAGUUUGACACCCCAGUGGAGCAGCAUAUUUCUCCCAAUUGUCCCAGCUGUUCAAUGGGUACCUGACCCUUAAAAGUGUAAGUGAAGGAAUGGCAUCAAGGGAAAGGAGUUAAGCACUGCCCUCACACACACAAAAACUGGUCUCGAGUUCAUCUGCAACAACUCUCUCUAGCAGCCAAAAGGUCAUGGGGCUAUCUUUAUGUGUUACAUAGUCUGUUGCUGCAUCCUUGUCAUAAUUUAUAAUCACAGUUCAGUUGUGAGAUUUUGUUUGCUAACUUGUUCCAGAUUUGCAGAUAUGCGUCAUUUUGUAUACAUCUGUGCCAGCAUACUUUUGUUGCUUGUAUGCAAAAGACCAGAUAAAUGUCUCCAGGAUUUGGUUUACUUUGCUAGUGUCUUUCAGUAUCUAACUGUAAAGUAGGCAUAUUUAUUAAAUGAAAGCCUUUUUUUUUUGUCCUCUUAAAUUUUAAAACUUGUCAGUCUGAAUUGGUGAGCUUCAAGUUUUAAAGUUUACUGAAAAUUAACUGCUCACACAUGUAUGAUGAAUUGCCAAACUGAACCUGAAUGCACUCCUGCAAACAAAGGCACAAAGGUGCAAAAAGUCUCUAGUUUUGUCAAGUAGAAUGUGUGCAAGAUGUUUUUUUAACUUACAUGCCGGACUUCAAAUGAAGGCAUUGCUAGAAAAAAAUAUGAGAGUAGCCAUGCAGGAGAAUUUGGUGCACUCAGAAUCUAUAUGUCAGCUGGCAGUUCUUGGAAGAAUUCCUGUGGGUUUGCUGUCAAAGGAAAUGCUAGAAGACAAUGUGACAGCCCAUCCUCUGAAUGGCAGAAACAGAACUCUAUUGUUCACAGAUGAUUAUCCAUUGGAUUUCCACAUCUCAACAUGAACAUAAUCUGGUUAUCUUCUGAAUGUCCAGUCACCUAAGACCUAUCACAACUGAGGAUAUCUAAAUUGUAUUAAAAAAAUGAGAAUACAAGUCUUUGAAACUGCUGUAUCAUCAUGUUUUGAAAAUAGGAGGAUAAGUGAACUGUUGACAAACAUUAUUCACUCUUGCAGCACGUGCCUAAAAAAAUAACUUUUACAAACACUGGAUCAGAUAGACUUUGUUUGCAUAGUUAACCAUGUGUGAGAGCAAGUUACAUGCUCGUUUUGAGAUGUGAAUGGGGCAGUAUUCUCAUUUGAUCCUUUAUGAGAAUGAAUUUUUUUCUCUUCUGGUUAAUGUGUUUUUGUGAGCACAAGUGAGGCUUGCAUGUUUAUUGUUAACAUGUUCGUGCUGAUAUUGAUGAAAGAAUGAGAGGAUAUUUGUAAAGAAAGUUCAUGGAAAAUUUGUUUUUUCAACAUUCCUUGUACUGUUCUCUUCAUGAUUCAUGCAUGAUGGACAUGCAGCAGAAUUACAAAUGGGAUGCAAAUGUAUGAGGCAACCUUCAGCUGUUGCUUACUUGAUGCUAAGCAUGUUCAUUUUGUGUGAAGCAAGCUUGGUGUGCUGUAGAUUUAAGUGUAAAUAUUGGAUAUCUUGACACUGAUGGUUCAUAUUAAACAUAUGGUGAAAUUUCA